AUGGCCCUUUUUCAUUGCGGCCACUCCAUAAUUGUUAAAGGGCUAGAGAGAGUAAAAGAAUCUUACAUUGGUUCUUCGGGAAUUACGACCUCCAAUGUGUGCUUCAAUGAUCGAAGGAAAGGUUUUCCAAGGAAUAAAAGGCUCAUGCAUCGCUGCAGCUCUCCUACAUCAACAUCUUCCAAUCAGACAGUCGGAUGGGCUGACAAAGAUAUAGAACAGAAUGGAACAUGGUAUGAAAACAAGAAGUUGCAGUUUGGUUACCUGAUCAGCGAUGCAAAUUGGCAAGUGAGGAGGAUGAUGGAGACGCUGGAUGAAAUGAGGAGAGUGGCAGAUGUCCAAGCUGAGGCAUUCUAUGAGCCCGCGUUCCUGUUCGAUGAUUUGUUCUUCCAAUUCUUUAAGGCUGAAGUUCUUUCAGGGCUUAUAUACAGGUUAAGGAACUCACCCCCUGACAGGUAUGCUUGUUUGGUGGCAGAACCAAGAAAUGCUCCUCAGGGAUCAGAGAAAGAACUUAUUGGAGUAGUUGAUGUUACAGUCCAGAGGGAGGAUUCUGUUCUCCAUCACCUUCCAGGGGCAGAAGAGUAUCUCUACGUAUCGGGAAUUUCUGUUUCAACCAAAUACAGGAGACAGAAAGCGGCCACCACAUUACUGAAAGCAUGUGAUGUGCUCUCUACCAUAUGGGGUUUUCAGUACCUCGCCCUUAGAGCUUAUGAAGAUGACCAUGGUGCCCAAAAACUUUACUCAAAUGCAGGUUACAGAGUUGUGUCAGUAGAUCCACCAUGGAUGAGCUCCUGGAUUGGACGCAGGAGACGCGUAUUGAUGGUUAAGUAAUCCCAUCGAGCAGAUCAGAAAGUUGCUUCAGGAGACCCUCCAUGGCUCCGAGACGUAUGUCCUCGAGAUUAAAGCCAGAACUAUGAUGUUGUCUAAUUGUUCGAACUUCGAACCUGUAAUUAUUGGAAUAUGUACAAAUGUAUUCACAGAGAAGGGGAGGGAGAGAGGCAAUGGAGCACGGCGAGCAAGAGAGGAGGAUUCAUGUUACACGAUAUUUGAAGAGUAUUUUAUAUAUCCACAUUAUAACA